CCCAGAACAACCCGACAACCCCCCGACAGAGACAGCAGCAGACGACCUCCCCGUCGAUGACGACCGCGACCUGCGCAUGGCCCUGGAGCUCAGCGCGCGACCCAUGGACGACGAUGGCCCUGGUCCCCCCCCGCCCCCCCAGCCACCAAGCUUCCGACGUCCGGCUGACGGGAAUGGACCACAACCACGGCAGCGAUGAUGAGCUCACGCCGUCUGUGCUGCCGCCCACGGAGAGCUCGAGCGACAACAAGACCGACAGGGAGGCGGCCUCCAAAGAGAAGGUGGAUUGAAACCACACACAGCAGGGGCACAGAGAGACGCUCACGGACGGGUUGGUUCUUGUGUUGUGGAUGGUGUGGUGCAGGACCAUUCGAGUGUCAUCCGUGAGGUCUCGCAGCCACCUAUGCUCUCCCCCACUCUCCCACCAGCACCGGCACCCACACCCACACCACUGGCACCAGCGGCAGAUGCAGUUGCAGUUGCUCCAGCUGCUGCAGACAGAAGGAGAGUGACGAUGAAGAACACUCCGCGGGCCCAACGAAUGAGGCGAAAGAGGCGGCUCUGAUGGGCAAGCUCCUAGGGCAGCUGAUUGGCAUCGGCGGCAACAAGAGCGACCCCAAGAAGGAGGGGAAGGAGGGCCCCUCUAGGUGGAGGCGAGGCGAUUGGCUGUCUGUCU